AUGUUGGCUACAUUGCAUGAGUCAACAGACAUAAUUCAAUCUGAAGUGACACCAAAGAGUCAAAAGCUUCUCAAGAUGCGUAGUACCAUUGCCAUUUCUGCUGUAGCUGUCUCUCUCUUUACAUCUGCCUUCGCUGCAAACUGUAAUCCUUCUUAUAACGUCCCUGGGUCUGGUGAAUGCUAUACAAACUGUAAUAUUAAAGCUGGUCAAAAGUUUGUGCCUGGCUGGACAAUGGAUCACACUUCUGAACUUUUCAUUAAGUCUCUUACCGUCAUGUGCGAUAAAUCUGGUCCUAACUAUGCUAGUUUCAUGACUACUGCCGGUAUCUGUAUGGCUGGCUGCAAGGAUUCCGAUCCUGAAGACUUUAACAAAGAAUUUGCUGGUGCUUGUGCUUGGUGGAAUGCCCACAAGAAUGACAAGUGUGAUUCCAAGACUACUACUACUAGUACUACUACCAAGACUACCACCACGUCCAAGGCUGGUUCGACCUCCACCUCUACCAAGGGCAAUGACACUUCGACAGCAACUAAGACUGGUUCAACAUCUGCUAAUCCAGGAGGCUCCUCUACAGCUACUUCUAGCACCACUACAGCUACUGUAACUCAAACUACGACUAGCGCCGCUACUGGCACUAUUACUUCUUGCCCUACACCCUCUUCUUGCAAGUCUGGUUAUAGAGUGACGAUUGUCAAGAAAGCUGCAUCAAAGGAAAAUGUAAUACUCCUAUCGCCUCCACGUGUUAUUCUGGCUCAAAGGGAAAGAGAAGAGGAGAUGGCUACAAGAACGCCUGCUGCAAGACUAGCGAUGACUGCUGGGAAAGCUGUGUCAAAGGAAAGUGUAACGGUCCCUCUCUUGCCUCAUGCUCUACCGGUUACAGUGGCAAAAAGAAAGGCAAUGGCCCCAAGGAUGCCUGUUGCUCCAGCAGUAGAGACUGCAAAGAAUCUUGCAUUAAAGGAGUAUGUAAUUGAUUUAUUUUAA